AUGUCCACGAAUAACUUGUCUGAAUUUUGGGUAUCCAUACCAAGCAACUUGCGCAAUGCCAUCGAGCAAGCAGUCCCGGCUCAAAUCCUAAAGGAGCGAUUGACCAUCUUCACUAAUCCGAUGACUUUGGUAUUCAAAUACACGCAAUUGGAAGACCUUCUGCAAGACAUGGUCGCGGCGAAAACACGACCCAGACAGCCGUCUGACAACGAAACCAGCGCCGACCAAAGCACCCCAAAAGUUUCAGCUCUAUCCCCGCUAGCCAUGCUCCAAACCGAGAUGAAGCAUUACGCUGCUGCCGAGAAAUCCUGGCGUGGUCUCCUCUACAUCAGUGCUCCCUCUCGGACUGAUCUCGCCGCGAUGUCCAAUCUCAUCGACGUGCUCAACCUACAGCACAAACAUGCACAAGCAGAGACUUUCUCACUACGAUUGAUACCGCUGUUGCAGGCGGAAUUGGGCGAGAAUAGCCCGCAAUCUUUGGGUGUGAUGCGCAAGUUGAUGGAGAGCUUGGUGGGGCAAGGUAAAAAGGAGGAAGCAAGACAGGUGUAUCAAAGAAGCAUGGAGCUGGUUGUUACCAUCAGCGAUAGCGAUAUCAAGAAGGACGAAGCCGAUGCUCUGCAAGAGAUGGUUAGGAAGAUUGACGCAUCUGGUGGUUUAUUGUCGUCAGUUUUGCGAGUCAUGGGAUGGACAUGA